AUGAUUCUCUUCAACUUGUUGACGCUGCUAUUUCUUCUAAACCUACAAGUUGCGGAUGGAUUUACAUUUACUUUUGGUGAGUUUUUUGACUAAUUGUAAGCAACAGUCAAAGCUCUGUACAAGAAAUCGCACGGAACUGACAAAUAAAUUCGACAUAUCAGUUUGUCAGAAAAAUAAUGAGAACUCUGUUUGCAUCGAAGAAAAUGAAUUGUGUGACGGUAAAAUCAAAUUGCUUUUCGCUUCUGCGACGCGAUCGGCGCAGCGAUAUUGUGCUCAUUAUUUUCCCGACAGACUAAUAAGUAGAAGGGCUUCGUUGGAAAUGGAGGUUUGCUUUGGCCUAAAAUUGACACUGAGGCUGCUUGGAUUGCUUGUUACAGACAGGUUUCGUUGUAGACGGUCUUUGUGAGACAGAAGUUCUACCGUGCAUUUUUUUCAGUGUCGUAGGAAUUUGUUUUUUUAAGAAAAUACAACCCUCUUCAGUAGAAACAGGUAUAAAAUUUUCGUAUCAAAAUUUGCAGAAACAUGGCUUAUUUCCGCCGACUUUCGAUCUAAAAAUAUUAGUCAUCUCUGGAAAAAGCAAACUAAGAGCGUCGACUAGGCCAUACAAAAAAUUUGUCUAAAUUUGUGCCAAGUUUCAUCGAAACUUGAGAGUCGCACUCCUGGUACUUCCUCUGUUAUCAGUCUGUCGGGAAAAUAAUGAGUACGAUCUCACUGCGUCGAGCCCGUCGCUUAAGUGAAAAGCAAUUUGAUUUUGCCGCGGGACAAUUCAUUUUCAUUUCAGCGACGCGAUUGGCGCAGCGACAUAAUCCUCACUAUUGUCCAGACAGACUGAUCUUUGCAAAGUAACCCUGAUUUCAGGUGCAAUUUUACGACAAAAAGAGGAUGCGCACAUUCGGGGAGCCCUCAAUUUUGCCGUCGGCUGGCUGAACAAGAAUUUCAGGGAGCUGGGCAAAUUUGGCCUGAAGGUUAAGAGCAUUCAGCCGGGAGAUCAUUAUGGAGCGGUGAAGAGCAGUAAGGCAACAAAUUUCUUAUUGGAAUGUGUGAUAUUUUUAGCAUGCAAACUGAUGGAGAAAGAAAAAAUCUUUGGACUUUUUGCUCCUGCUGAAAACACCUUGAGUGCUCAACUUGUUCAGCUGGCCAAUUCAGUGAGUUUUUACAGACAUUCUACUUUAACGCUACUGUAUUUUUUUAGCUAGACCUUCCUUUAUUCACUGUUGUUGAUGACUUCUCCGUCCCUCAUCCCUUGGAUCCAGCAAUGGAAGGGUCUAGAAACAAAUUCUCAUCAAAAAUUGAGAUGUUUCCAAGGGUCCAUCUGAAUGAUGCCAUCAGCGACUUGAUCAAACAUUGGCGAUGGAAUCGGGUUAUUGUUGUUUAUGCGGAGGUUGAACGUGAGUAUUAAUUUUACAAUUUUUUUAAAGCGCAUAGACUUUUUUGCGAUGCAAGGCGGUUUUAGAAAAAUUGAAAAGCAUAAUGCAAAAAGCUUUGCGACAAAAAAUGGGCUAAAAAAUUUAUUUUUCGAAAAAUUCUUUAUACCAAAAUUUGAUUAUAACGAAAAAUCUUGAGCUAAAAUUCACGUAAGGUAGAACUAAACAUGGCUUCCAGGCCGAGCUGAAGCCAUUUUGAGACCUCAAGUUUAAGUCUCAAAAGCCAAUUGUUGGCAAGAAUGAACCUCUCUGUAAAUGUGGUUUGUUGUACGCAGGCUUCAUGUAUUUUUACUAGCCUGUCGUAAAAAUAAUGAGCACUUCGUCGCAUCGAAGAUCGCACCGCGGCUGAGAAAAUGAGUUGUGUCGCAACAAAAUUAAUUUUUUUUCACUCAAACUGACACAUAUUACAUCUUACACCGUAUUUUUAGGAGUUGUCCGGCUUAUUCCGUUCCUGGAACGUGAGCUCUAUUCGGGAAUACGAUUUCAAUUUGUUCAAGUGGAGAAUGGCGAUUUUCUGGCGGCCACUAAACAGGUAAAAUUGUUCAAAUGUUACACUUGAAUUGCCCCAAUAUUGCUUUAAAAAUGAGCAGUCAAAUUUCUAGAUAAAAACGCUUGAAGACUGCACCGACGUUCAGCAAAGUGAUUGCCAACAAUUCAGUCGAAUUUUGGUGGACAUGAACCCCAAGGAUACCUAUGAUUUUUUGCUGGCGGUAAGUGCAUUUUGAAGUUUAGUACAAGGUUCAUCACUUAGGCGCUUCAAAUGGGAUUCAUCGAAUUAAAACACUGGUUUCUGUUGACUUCAAUGGUAAGCUUUUGUAACGUUCUCCGGCCUUAAUUUUUCGUUAUAGAGAGUUUUUGCUACAUAGGAGUUCAUUGAAUUAGUAUUUUUAGUGAAUGGAUAUUUUUUCUCUUUUGCUAAGUGCAUUUUUCUCUCUUCGCACUGUGCAAGCCUCAAAAAUGCCGUUAGCACAAUGCAAUUUCUUCAGAAAAGAAUGGGAAACGCACGGUGCAAACUGGGGUGUUUUUUGUGCACGGUGCGGGUCGCAAAAAAUGUCCAUGCACUUUAUGAAAAGACCAAUAUCAGUCUGUCGGGAAAAUAAUGAGCCCAAUGUGACUUCGCCAAUCGUAUCGCUGCGGUGAAAAGCAAUUUGAUUUUAUCGCGACAAAAUUCAUUUUCUUUACGGCGAUGCUAUUUUCGAUGCAACGGAGUGCUCAUUAUUUUCCCGGCAGACUAAUACGUAUGGACAUUUUUACUAACAGGAAUAUCUACCAUCUUAUUCCAGGACCUCCGAACCAUGGACAUGUCGCUGUUCCGGCACAACCACGCUCGUUUCAUCUCCGUGGAGCUAGUCUCACCGCAAUUCCUUCGUACGGAACGUCGCUUCGACUUUGAGGACUUCAAGGCUCAGAUCCGCUCCAAUUGGACCUUCGAAAACGGCGACACUAAAGCCCUGAAGAUGUCGGAAGCCGUGCUCGCCUUCGACUCCAUUCUUUUGGCCGCCAAAUCCCUGCACAAAAUGGCCCAGAUUUACCCGCUGAAGACGGAGAUCCACUCGAUCCGCUGUCGCUCCAUGACGCGCGGCUUCAUCCCCUAUCGUUAUGGGCGUAUCUUGAUCGACACCGUCAAAAACAACACCGUGUUGGGGCUGAGUGGAGAUUUGAGCAGGGUGGGGCGGAUGUUUGGCGCCUCCAAUUUCUCGUUUCGCAUUAAUUUGCUCGGAUUUACCGGCCGCAUCGACGACAUUGGCUAUUGGGAGCCGCAGACGGACGUGCAUGUGAAUAUGAGUCAUGAUUCGAAGGCGCAGAUUCAACAUAAUGUGAAGGUUUCGGACGAACUCAAACCCCAUUUCCGAGUGUCCACGAUUAUGGUGGGUUAUACAAGUCGAAAGAAUUUUAUUUCCACUUUGAUCUUGGGAACCGCUGGGCCUAGAAUCUCAAUUAAAAUCUUCCCGCUUUUGUGAGCCAUAUAUUCCAAUAUAAGUAGUUAGAUAGAUUUAUUAGGGUUUAAACAAAUAUAGUAAAGAAAAUAUUAUAUAAUCAUUGAAUUCAAAAUAUUCGCUCUUCCAUCCGAGCUUUAUAUACUGCUUUUUUGUCGACAAAUAUGGGCGUGUUUUCAUAUAGAAAGAGAAAAAAUAUGGGUUUUUUUACGAUAAAGGCUAUUUUGGUUCUGCAAAAUAGUUGUCUACAAGAAAGGAUAUAUUCGUUCUGCAAAUCAGUCUUUAGCCAGGAGACGUCACUACGCUCCCCUCCCUCUGCGUUAUAUCCAGGAGGCCUUCUAAAUACCUGCUUUGACGUCUUAUGGAGCUUGAUUGAAGGAGUAGUUCGAUUUGUUCUUCUUGGGGCUGAAAACGUACCGUUGGUUCAGGCUCGUUUCUUUGAGGGCGUCUAAUGAAAAAUAUACGUUCUCGAGGUGGUUGGUCCGGUUCUCUGGGAUUUGAGCUACGUUGUGUCAUUCUUCCUUUGCAAUUUUCGAUGAUUACGAUCCAAGUAGCAUAUGUUUGGAUAGCUGCUAUUAAAGUAACCCAUACUAUCCAGACUUUACGGUGGAGAGAGUUCCAAACUUAUUCUAUCCAUAAACCAGGUUUUUGUAGAUCCUUUUACUUUUAAAGCUACGUCGCAUCUUCCUGGAUUUGGUACAUAUCUUACGUCUUGAAGUUUUAUAGGAUAGCAGUGUUCCAACUCUAUGUUAUUUCCAAGUGAUUUUGCCUUGACAUCGUGUCUCUUCAGUAAAUGCCGCACUAAUACAGUCGGAUUAGCGGAUCGCAUGAGUUGUAUCCAAUCUUUGUAUGAAUCUAACGGUUUACACAUCGUCUACGAUGUUUGUCUCAAUCCACCGCCUUUUUUGCAUCGCCUUGUAAACAUGACAAUGGAUAUUGGAACUUUGGUAUAUUGGAGAGGGUCUGAUUGUCAUGUAUUAAGGAUUUCUGUGAGUCCCAGAACGCCGUCCACACUGAUUCAUCUCCUCUAAAUAUGGGCAACUGGAAUUGUGGCAACUUAACUCGCGGUUCUGUGUGGUCGGAUUUUUCCAUUGUUGUUGACGACUGCUCAGUAUUGGCAUUGGCUCCAUGUAACUUAUUCAAUGCAAGGUGGACUAGUCUUAAUUGUUCGCUGACUUCUAUUUCUGUAUCCUCCAAAUCGUUGAUCGUCUUGGUUAGUUCAGUUUGUUCAUUAAACUUGUCGUUCAAUUCUUGCUCCGCGGUUUUGUUUACGUAUCGUAGUUCAUUUAAAAUAUAGUUGUAAAUGAUGUCCAGUAAUUUUUUCCAACGACAUUUUUUCCUUCUUAUUUAACGUUUCAAACUUGAUUUGAACUUCUUCGGCCAGUAAUAUGUUCUCCUCUUUUGAUUGUUGUUUUUGCGCCACGUACGGUUCUUGGCGUUUUACUGUACUUACAACUUCCUUUGCUCUGGUCAACAAUGGGCCUAAUGCUGAUCGGAUUGGUCCUGAAGCCGACCGAUAUUGGCCACCCGCCGGGAGCUCCAUUUUGUGAGCCAUAUAUUCCAAUAUAAGUAGUUAGAUAGAUUUAUUAGUAUUUAAACAAAUAUAGUAAAGAAAAUAUACAAUCAUUGAAUUCAAAAUAUUCGCUCUUCCAUCCGAGCUUUAUUAUGCUGCUUUUUUGUCGAAAAAUACGGGCGUGUUUUCAAAUAGAAAGAGAAAAAUAUGGGUUGUUUACGAUAAAGGCUAUUUUGGUUCUGCAAAGUACAUAGUUGUUUACAAGAAAGGAUAUUUUCGUUCUGCAAAUCAGACUUUAGCCAGGAGACGUCACAACACCGCUUUGAAGAUUGCUUGUAACUCAUAAGCCCGAGCUCGAAAUGGCACGCGCGGAAAAAAUAGAUUUUUUAUGGAAACGCUCCUCCCUACGGUAGAAACAGGAUUGAAAAAUUCUUACGACUAACAUUUUUUGGGUUAACAACUUCACUGUUAAGAUUUCAGGAGCGUCCCUACGUGAUGCUAAAGAAGAAUCACUUCGAAUUGGACCAGAACUCGCAAUUUGAGGGAUUCUGCAUUGACCUGCUUCACGAACUCUCCGAUGAUCUAGGUUUUACAUACACUAUUCAUGUUGUCAAAGACAACAAAUAUGGCAAUGACAUUUAUGGGAACGGAAGCUGGGAUGGGAUGAUUGGUGAGAUUUUGAGAGGAGUAAGUGAACCAGUCUUUUUGGGUCCGUUAUAGAGAGACUUUCCAUAGAUUGAGACUUCUGUAAAACCAACUAACUCUCCUAUAGCGUAGAUUGUUCGUUGCACAGAGGAUUCACUCUAUUUUCCUUCAUUUUUCAGGAAGCCGACAUGGUCGUAGCCCCAUUCACCGCCAACUUUCGACGCGCUGAAGUUGUCGACUUUACCAAGCCCUUCUUGUCGCUCGGAAUUUCAAUUUUAUUCAAAAUCCCCGCGGACCAUCAGCCCGAUUUAUUCUCAUUCUUGAACCCCCUGUCGUUGGAGAUUUGGGUCUCCAUCGCCUUAUCGAUAUGCGCCCUGUCGCUGGGGAUGUUCGUUUGCGCCCAGAUCACGCCCUACGAAUGGAAUCUGAACUUCUCAUGUUGUACGGCACAUCAGCCUCAUCCGGCGGCGACUUAUACGGCCGAGGAUGCGCCUAUUCAACUGUCCAAUAAUUACAGGUUUGUAGAGAGGGAAAUGGUAGAAAAUUCUUGCAUAAAAAGGGAUUUUUGAGCUUACAGUAUCCCCUGUGUGUCAAAGUGUUGUGUCGUUUAUCUAUUAAAUUAUGAAAGGCGUUGCUUCAUAGGACACUCACAUCAGGUUUAAUUUUAGUAUUGUCGCUUACGGUUUAGCUGAUUUACAAUGGCGGAUCUGAUCCAGUGACAAAAAACGUACCAUUUUGCAUACGCGAAGUACCAAAAAAUGUGGCAAAAUACCUCCCUAUCCAAUUGAAAAAAAUCCGAUUUCAAAAGCGCGUCCGCUCUUUUUGUGAGGGAAAGGUCGCGCCCUUCAAAACGGAGUUUUUUUUGUUGGAGAGGGAGGCAUUUGGCUACAUUUUUUGAUACUUCCCGGAUGCAGAAUGGUACGUUUUUUGCCAAAUUAUGAAAGCCGAUACCUCAUAGGACACUCAGCUUCAAUUUUAGUAUUCUUGCCUACGGUUUAGUUGAUUUAUAAGCCCAACUUUCAAAAAGUAUCGAUUUUUUGUGUUUUUGAAGUAAAACCACGGCGCAUUUAGGUAUACUGUAACGAUUAGUGACAAUUUUUAUGUUCUUAGGAAGCUUAUUGCAUACUCUAUUUGUUCUAUAAAUUUCAUCAACCUGCAGUCUCCUAGUCAAAAGUUAUGGCUCCAACUUUGAGCCCUACUUCAGGUAUUCGAUCAACAAAAGCGGUUUCUCUCGGACUCUCUCGGUAAUGCGAGAUUUUUUUGUGUCUCUUACCAAAAGCGAGAGUAAAUUUAACUAUGCUUUCCGAACAUUACCGCAUUCUCUUAUUUCAGUUUCUGGAACACCCUCUGGUACGUCAUGUCGACCAUGUUGAAGGGGGGUUGUGACUUUGGUCCUCGCGCCGUCUCCACUCGAAUGCUCGGCGGGACCUGGUGGAUGUUCACGUUGGUGAUUGUAUCAGCAUAUACGGCGAAUUUGGCCGCCGUUCUGACCGUUUCCAAGCCGCACAUUCCGAUCCGGAGUCUGGAUGAUUUGGCCAAUCAGACCGACAUUUUGUACGGGACCAUUCGAGGAGGCUCGACAAUGCAGUUCUUUCAGGUGAGCAGUGGAGAUUUGUGUAGCAAAAGCGUGUAGCAAAAUUGAAAACUACAGUGGGGUACCUGAUCCAGUGGCAAAAAACGUACCAUUUUGCUUCCGGGAAGUAUCAAAAAUGUGGCAAAAUGCUUCCCUCUCCGAGUGAAAAAAAACUCUGCGUUGAAGGGCGCGCCCUUUCCCUCACAAAAAGAGUGGCCGCGAUUUUGAAAUCGGAGUUUUUUCACUUGGAUAGGGAGAUAUUUUGCCACAUUUUUUGAUACUUCCUAGAUGCAAAAUGGUACGUUUUUUGCCGCUGGAUCAGGUCCUCCACUGUACUGUGUAGCAAGUCAAAAAAUAAAUUUUAGGAAUCCAAAAUCCCGUCGCAUCAAAAAAUGUGGCGAUUCAUGCAGCAACGCGACGUCUUUGUUCGCUCGAAUCGCGAAGGUGUGCAGAAAGUUUUGGCUCAAAACUACGCGUAUUUGAUGGAAAGCAGCUCGUUGGAGUAUGAGGUGCAGCAGAACUGCAAUUUAACGCAAAUCGGUGGAGUUUUAGGUUCCAAGGGCUAUGGCAUAGCGUUGCAGAAAGGUAGGUAAUAUUUGAUUUUAUUGUAUGUCAGAGAUGACACAUUGGGUCAAGUCUUUCUCUCGUACUUCUUUCUUUUUUUGGCUUUCAAUAAAAUACGUCUACAGUGAAACCUCUGUACAACGAACUCGUGUAAAAAAAACUGUAUAUUAUGAACAAUUUUAGCAACCAUAAGAGUCAGUUUUAAAACGAAUAAUAUUUGCACAAAACGUCAAUUUUUUCCGCACGAAACCACCAGCAAAAUUAUCGUUUAAACGUGUAUCUCUCUCUGACCACCCUCCGCGUUUGGCGUACUCUCUCCUAGACAAAGAUCGUUGAAUUUCCCGGCUGCACCUGCAAAGAGCAAGCUAAACUUUUAAAGGAUUGAUAUGUGGCAUAUACCCGAAAUGUAAUAUUUGACGCUGAGAGAGUACGCGAAAGGUGGAGAGCGGUCAGAGAGAAAAACACUUUUUGGCCGUAUUUUUGCCAGUUCUGCGAGGGAAAAAAUUGUUUUUUUUUUGUAAAGAUAUUACUACAGUAGAAGGAAGCAUGAAACUUUUCAUGGAAAAAUUUCCGACUUUCGACCUAAAAAUUUUGGUCGUUUCUGCAAAACACGAACUCUGAGUUACCCUGUAAAUAAACUCUGAACUGCAAUCCCCUUGGAAAACUUAUUAUGUAGCAGUCUGUCGGGAAAAUAAUGAGCACAAGCGUCGCUGAAGUGAAAAGCAAUUUAAUUUUUCCGCGACACAAUUCAUUUUCUCGGCGGUGAUGCGACUUUCGAUUCGAGAUCUUUCUCAUUAUUUUCCCGACAAUCUCAUACAAAAUUUUCAGGCUCCGAAUGGACUGACCGCAUCUCCAAGCAGAUCCUGCUGUACCAGAAGCGCGGCAUCAUCGAGAUGAAGAAGCAGAAAUGGUGGCGAAGCAAGGGCGCCACCUGCACCGGGAUGGGGUCUUCGGUGAAGCAGCAGAGGGUCUCGUUGAACCUCUACAACGUCUCGGGCCUCUUUCUGAUCCUCUUCUCCGGCCUGGUGUUCAGCACGAUUUCCGUCGUAAUUGAGUACUACUGCCGAUCGAGGAAGGUGGGCAAACACGAGAUCAAGGAGGAGCUGCGCAUGGCAUUGAACAUGACACAUGUGGGAGAGCAUCGAACGCGGAAGGAGAGGGUGAAAAAGACAAAGAAGAGGAAUCGGAGUGAGUAA